CUCUCUCACACGGGGCAGAUUCACUGAAGCUGCAGCACAAACGGCUCUAACGCGUCUGGCGUCGUCUUUUUUCCAGAACAAACUCGAUUAUUCUGAUUUUACUUCAUAUUUGACACUUUCUCCUCGCGGAGCGUCGCAGCUGCGGAAUGUGAGCGGAUCUCAUGUGUUUUUAGAAUAAAAAUAAUAAAGUCCAGCGCGUUUAGAGCCACCUGCGCCUCGAGCUGCGCCAAACAGCCACAAGAGCAGAAUCAGAGCCGUGUUUAUUCACCAUGAGGAGCGCCUCUUCUCUCUGGAUCCUUCUCCUCCUCCUCGCGGGAUCUGGCGACGUUCAGGCAGCGACUCUCGAAGUGAAAGACGGAAACUCGACGUGCAUCAAGGCCGAGCUCUCUGCGGUUUUCUCCAUCUCGUACAACGCCUCCAGCGGCGCCGCGAGGACAGCGGUGGUCUCUCUCCCUGACGGCGCCUCGGUGGACCCCGGCAGCAGCUCGUGCGGGUCAGAGGGCGGCGCUCCGUGGCUCGUGGCCGUGUUCGGGUCGGGACACGCUCUGGGUCUGAGCUUCUCGUCCAACGGCAGCGUUUACAGCGUCACAAACCUCACGCUCCAGUACAACCUCAGCGACGCCGCCGUGUUCCCCGAGGCCAACAGCUCAGACGUGGUGACGGUCGUGUCGGCUUCAGUCGGGAUCUCAGCUCCAGUGAACAGCACAUAUCGCUGUUUGAGCAGCGCCACGUUCAGACUGGACACGGCCAACCUGACGUUCUCCGACAUGAGGCUGCAGGCGUACAUGAGCGGCGACGACCUCAGCCCCAACGAGAGCGUGUGUUUGGCGGAUCAGACCACGACUCCUGCCCCUCCUCGUCCCACCACGGCCCCGGGGCCCGUCCCGACCCCAGCGGGACCUCCUGAACGGGGCAUGUACAACGUCACGCAGAACAACACGGUGUGCCUCCUCGCUCACAUGGGACUGCAGCUCAACCUGACCUACAGCGACGCUCAGAACAAGACGAUUCAGGACGUGGUCAAUGUGAAUCCAGAUCUGACCAGUUCUUCUGGAUCAUGUGACGCAAACACAGCGACUUUGGUCCUGACUCAGGAGCAGAGCACCACCCUCAGCUUCACCUUCACACUGAAUUCGACGUCCAACAAGUACCACCUGAGCGGGGUGAGCCUGGUGGUGAACUGGCCCAAUGUGCCUGCUAACACGUCUGCGGUGAACUCCAGUCUGAAUUACCUCCGCAGUUCGUUGGGUCACUCGUACAUGUGUAACUCUGAGCAGACUCUGGUCGUUCUGCCCACGUUUUCCAUCAACACGUUUAAGCUGCAGGUCCAACCGUUUGGAGUCACGACCACACAGUUCUCCUCAGCGGAGGAGUGUCAGGUGGACCAGGACCAGAUGCUCAUCCCGAUCGUCGUGGGCGCCGCUCUGUCCGGGCUCGUCCUCAUCGUCCUCGUCGCGUACCUCAUCGGCCGAAAGAGGAGCCACGCGGGAUACCAGACCAUCUGA